AUGAUACGAAGAGUCUCCACCAACACGUGUCUAUCCGCCACAGCUUUUGGAACAUUUAGGAAAUCUUGUAAAUUUCACGGCGAGUCCCUCGAUUCCUCUGUCUCACCCAUUCUCAUCCCCGGCGUCCACGUCUUCCAUUGCCCGGAUGUGGUUGGGAUUGUGGCGAAGCUAUCAGAUUGCAUUGCUGCAAAGGGAGGGAACAUUCUUGGUUACGAUGUUUUUGUUCCUGAAAACAAGAAUGUUUUCUACUCUAGAAGCGAGUUUAUAUUUGAUCCAGUAAAAUGGCCAAGGAGCCAAAUGGGUGAAGAUUUUCAAACUAUUGCACAAAAGUAUAGUGCUAUGAGCUCUGUUGUACGAGUGCCCUCUUUAGACCCCAAAUACAAGAUUGCUCUUUUACUCUCCAAACAGGAUCAUUGUCUUGUUGAAAUGUUACAUAAAUGGCAAGACGGAAAACUUCCCGUCGAUAUAUCUUGUGUGAUAAGUAAUCAUGAAAGAGCUCCAAACACCCAUAUUAUGCGGUUUCUUCAAAGGCAUAACAUCUCAUAUCAUUGUUUGUCAACGACCGAUCAGAACAAAAUAGAAGAGGAGAUUUUGGAACUUGUUAAGGAUACCGAUUUUCUAGUUCUCGCUAGAUACAUGCAGCUUCUGUCCGGUAACUUCUUGAAAAGUUAUGGAAAAGAUGUAAUCAACAUCCAUCAUGGCCUCUUGCCGUCGUUCAAGGGGAGAAAUCCUGCGAAACAGGCAUUUGACGCAGGUGUGAAACUAAUUGGUGCAACAACUCACUUUGUUACAGAGGAACUUGAUUCAGGUCCUAUCAUUGAACAAAUGGUUGAGAGAGUUUCCCACCGAGACAAUUUGAGGAGCUUUGUCCAGAAAUCAGAGGACCUCGAGAAAAAGUGCCUCAUGAAAGCUAUACAAUCUUACUGCGAACUGCGAGUAUUGCCUUAUGGGACACACAAGACUGUCGUAUUCUAA